AUGGUACUGCCAACAGGAGUUUACAGAGCUGACCAUGUCGGGUCUUGGCUACGCCCACGGGAGGUCCUCGACGCGCGCAGUCGAGUAGCACAGAAAGAAAUGUCCGAGGAAGAGCUUCGAAAGUUCGAAGACAAGCACAUCGAAAACGUCGUUCAGAAGCAGAUCGCUGCUGGGUUGCGCUCCAUAACAGAUGGAGAAUUUCGCCGAGCUUACUUCCACCUGGAUUUUCUCAAGCAACUCGACGGGGUGGAGGUGAAGGGGUCCAUCAAGCCUACAGGCGAGAUUAAGGAUGGAUGGGCGCCGCCGGUUCUGAGCGUCACGGGAAAGCUGGGACACUCUAAACCCGUGCAAGUGGACGACUUCAAGUUUCUCGAGGCCGCGAUAGCCAGGAACAACGCUGCCGGAGUCACAACAAAAGUCGCUAUCCCUUCGCCGACAAUGGUUCAUUUCCGCGGUGGCCGCGCCUCCAUCGACAUCGCAUCUUAUCCCGAUCUCGACGCCUUCUUCGACGACUUGGCCAAAGUCUACCAGCAGGAGCUGGACGAUCUCUGUAAAGCCGGCUGCCGCUUCGUCCAAUUAGACGACACGAACCUUGCCUAUCUCUGCGACCCCGAAAUGCGCAAAGCUGCCGCCUCCCGCUCGGAAGAUCUCACCACCCUCCCAAAGCGCUACGCCGAGCUAAUCAACGCCGCCAUUUCCAAGCGGCCCAAGGACAUGACUAUCGCCAUCCAUCUCUGCCGCGGGAACUAUCGCUCGCAGUGGUUUGCUAGCGGCGGCUAUGAGCCAGUGGCGGAGGUGCUCUUCAAGGAUCUCAACGUCGACGCUUAUUUCCUAGAGUACGACGACGCACGUAGCGGGGACUUUGGUCCGCUUAAGCACUUGCCGGAGCACAAAGUCGUGGUAUUAGGACUGAUGUCUUCGAAGCACAGCACGCUAGAUGACCGUGAUACUAUUGUGAAAAGGCUACAUGAAGCCGCUUCUGUUUGUCCAACGGGCUUGGAGCAGUUGUGCUUAAGCCAUCAGUGUGGGUUCAGCUCGACGAUGGAGGGAAAUCAGUUGACGGAGGAGGAGCAGUGGGCGAAGAUUAGAUUCGAGGUAGAAAUUGCGAAGAGUGUUUGGGGCGAGGAUUUGGCAGCGUAG